AUGCCGGCACGGAAGCUCCCGUACAAACGCGCCCAUGGGGAGCUUUGUGCGGCAAGGUGCUGUGCGCUCAGUUCCCGUUUGCGAAGUGUGCACAGGCAUAAGAAACCCACCGCUGCUAGGUCGGCCAUCCGCAAAGUAGCACGGGUCACCAAGCGGCAUUCCAGGGGACAUUCCAGGGGCAAAGUUCAAGAAGGAGAGACACUUCUAGGGUUUUUUAAAACCAAGGGAUGUGCAACUGCAAAUGCUUGUAGGCCUGUCGUUGUGGAAUCAUACCAUAACAAAUGUAAAAAAAUCGACAAAGCCUCUCCUCUAAGUGUGGGUAUUUCAGUCAAUUCCCUGCUUUGCCCUGUUGGUUAUUCUUAUACAGAUCACGUUUCACAUUUCUCGGUGCACUGUGAAGGUGUAGAAAAUGUGUGCCUAACAGAGAAAAUAUGGACUGAAUUUGAUAAAGAAAAUGAUUUUGAAGUGAUAAAAAGAUGUGCAAAAUCUGCAGAGUGCAACCGAGUUGGAACUUACAGCAGCAACAUCAAAAAGUUUACAGUCAAUACUACCUGUUGUAACUCCAGCAUGUGCUUUUCUCCAGUCCCCACAUUUCCUACUCAAGUCUCAACUGAAAAUGGGCUGACCUGUCCAACAUGCUAUGCAGAAAACAGCAGGCAAUGUAUAUUGGACGAGCCUAUGAACUGUGUUGGAAAUGAGAAUCGAUGCAUUAGCUUCAUAAAAGAGGAAGUCUUUGAAAACACUUCGACAAUACAGUCUUUUUCAGGAUGUACCACAGACAAUAUCUGCAGGCUUGGAUCAUGGGCAAAAAAAUUCCUCUAUAAGGAAAAUCAGAUAUUUAAAACAGUAAGAAUGGAAAUGAUUUGCAGCCACAGUAUAAGACUAACCAAUCCAGUUGUCUCUUACCUGGGCUUCAUGUUAGUAGGCCUAAGAAUAAUAAUAUUUGUUAUAUAA